AAGGGAGAUUGCCAGCAUGGCCAUGCAAGUAUUGGGUUUUGGUUAAUCAUGCAGGGGUACCCGGAAGCAUUUACUUCCUGCAGGUUCGAAGUCCGAAGUUGACAAACGGUGACAGCCCUCGGGAGACCACGACGUUUUAACCAGCUUCGACAUGUCUGAAGUGAGUAACCAGCUGCCCACAGAGCCCAUCUCUGCAGUUGGAGUAGUAACUUCAGUCAGCAAGGCCCCUGAUGGCUUCUGUGUUGUUGCACAAACAACAGAUGGCUUUGACGCCGACCUGUGGAAGGACGGCUUAUUCAAAUCCAAGGUCACUCGCUACCUCUGUUUCAACAGAAAAACUGGGCCUGACGUUGUUGUGGACAUGAAGGUGAUUGACAUUAAGGACGUGUUGCCAGAGGGCUUCACACCUGUGGAAGAAACAGUGGACACAAAGGAAACUGCUAUGAGGAAGAGGAGGCUCUGUGUGAAAACCAGCCCUCGUGCAGCUGCCAAGACGGCUGUAUAUGACAUCCAGAUCAUUGCAAAGUCCAAGUACCAUCUUAUUAACUACACCUGUAUAGGUGAGAUAAACAAUAUGGGGAUAUGGUAUCGAAUGGCUGAUGUUUCUCAGCAUCAGUCGUCCCAGGAAACGUCCAGUAGAGCUAGCAAUGACGCUCCACCCAACACAGCAAGCAGGAGGACCACGCGCAGGCCGGACUACGAGCACCAGAGCAGUGGGAACUACACCAUGACAGCUCUGCAUGAUGUGCCCUUUGUGAUCUCUGAGAAGUUUUAUGAAAACCCCAAAGAGAUGCAGCAAGUCAAUUUAAUGGGCAUUACGAUCAAAUCCCUGGCAGAGAUCGAGGAGGAAGUGAGUAGAGGCUGCAACGCUCGGCUGACGCUGACGCCGCUGGCCCAGAAUGCAAAGCAAACGGUCUUGGGGUUGUAAUUAAGUGUCUGAGACAGCGAGGCCCUGUUGGCUCCACUAAGCCCCAAUUGAAUAAAAGCAUGGCCAGGCUAGGCAGCCAUUCUCUCUUAAAAGCUUCGUCUCCUGUUCCAAAACACUUGACUUUUAUUCCCCAAUUCUUCUCUCAAACAGCUCAAUCUAGCAUCUCGCACAGUGCUGUAGAUCUUCAGGAGCUUUUCUGGUUAGAUUCUGCAUGUUUAACUAGUUUCCAAUCAGCUUCAUCUUCAGUAGUGAAAAAGUUAGAGAUCAUGUAGAGCAAAUAAAAGUGCUACAAAGUCCUCCCCAUUUCUGAUGAAACACUGUAGCCUGCAGGCAUUCGUAGGAAGAAAAUAAUCUGUGUGCAGCUCCUUCUUUAGAGCCCAUGUGUUUGUGAGAGCAAGAGAAAGAGAGUCUGUGUGUGUGUGUGUGUGUGUGUGUGUGUGUGUGUGUGUGUGUGUGCUUAAAGAGAGUGACAACCCCCCUUCUCUCUCAUUAGCACGGUAUCUUGGUAUCAGAACUGCCAGGAAGUGACAGACCACUGUAAAAGAACAGGUGCUGUUGGGUUUGAGAUGUGUUACAGAGCAAACACUCCCUCAUCAAACCGGGUGUCUGUUCUGCACUCUGCCUCUGUCUUCUGUCACAUACUAUCCAAAUCACACAGAGUCGCCAUCUUGUCAUAUGGUCAUCUGUAUGAAGCUCUUUGUCAGUGAAGGUAUUAAUGGCAUGUACGUGUAUGUGUAUGUGGGUGUUUUCCAGGGUGGAGACAGGCUGGCUGCUCAUCCUAUAUGCUCUUGUCUUUUUUUCCUUCUUCCUCUCCUCUCCUCCUUCUUUCUUCUCAGAGAGUGUGAUUAGCAGGAGGACACAUGGUGAGCUGAGCUGGGGAAGGGAAGGGGCAUGAGAAAUCAUUAAUUACAGCCGCGCUGGAGCUGAUGAAGUAAAUGUGAGAUAGUGUAACACACAGGAUUUAGUGAAGUGGACGACAGCACAAGAUUAAUGGUGGGGCCAGGCUGAUGAGGAUGAAGUCACAGCUUAGCUUGAUAAUUAGUUUCCAAGUGGAAACAUCCCUCACCAUUGUGUUAUUUUUACUUCUCUCCUCUUAUUAUUAUACCACAAUGAUAUCUGCAGAACAAGGACGGAAAUGUAGUUGGUGAUGUUCUCGCAAACAUCUUGGACAGCAGAAGUGUUUCUUUAAGGAAGUGGUGUGUGUCUGUAGUAUUGUAUUUUUUUCUUAAUAUAUCAAUAUUCCACUAUAAAUGUAAUGUCCACUAUGUUUUCUGCACUCAAGGCUUCUGGAAAAGUGGCAGCUCAUUCUUGGUAAUAUAAAACAAAAAAUAUUGACAUUCAGAAAAACCCGUAGUUUUUUAGUAGUUUUUUUAAUAUUAUUUUCUUUUGUCCAGAAGAGGUCACUGUCUGUGCUUGACUGUGGAGCUUUUUUUCCCUCUCCAGAAAAUAGAGGCGCUUUCUGCACAGAAUCUAAUGGCCUCGUUUCUAAACCUAUUAAAAAAUAUAUAGAUUCAUGAAAGAGAUGUACUCUCUAGAAUUAUACAUAUGCACAUGCAAUUGAGGAAAACUGUUGUAAUCACAGCCACAGUUGUAGAUAAGACCAUUUCCUAACAGGCAUCACUUAAGCCGUGUCUCAGAUGAUGUUGGUUCCAGCAAUUAGGCAUUCUUUUCAUUUCCCAAAUGACUCACAAAACUUGCGGAUAUUAUAAUUGCUUUUAGCCACGCAUAUCUAAUUUGUGUCUUUUUAAGUGUUAAUUAGUAAGCGAUUUAAAGUGACAUCUUUAUGUAGUUUGCUCUGCUGAAAAAUGUUGUUGGCGGCUGGCUAAUGAUUUUCAGAGGGAGUAUGCUGGAAAGAAGUGUGUAUGCACACAUGACAGGCUUUUCAUUAGCACCUAUGUAUGAUGGGUUUUCAGUAUUUGCCGGAAGUUAUCUGUGUGUGUUUCUGUGCCAGUGUAUGUGUGUGUGUGUUGCCAUGUGAAUAUAUGGAGGGACAGUAGUGUACAGGGGUGUGUGAGAGGUGUGAGAGGGAGAGCUCCAAAUAGAGGUGGAAUUAAUGAAGACAACAUGUCACAUAUUUUUGGCAGUGGAGCAGGGACAGGAAAUGAAGCUCGGCUCGUCUAGGUGACUACCGCCCAUGUUCUAGUGUGUCACUGUCCUGUCAGCCUGUGUGUAAAACUGGCAGACAUUGAUACAUGCUCUCCCUGAUAACACCCCAUUCCCCCAUCCAUCAUCCACGCGCGCACACACACACACACACACGUACACAUAGGAUUAUUUAUUUACUGUGCCAGAUGUUGAGACUGAAUUUUUGUGUGGUGGGGGGCUGAAUUUCCUCACAACUAACAGGCUUGUGAUAUGUGACAGGUUUUGGGUAACUUGCAGCUUCCCCUCAACUAGAUGAAAAUCGGCGAAGGUGGUAUUUUGAUCGAGAGAACCCGGUUGAGCCAUUGUGGCUCUGUGGCUUCUGUUGCAGAUUUGGAAACUUAUUUCAGUGAUCAUACAGCAUCACCUAGUGCUGUGUUGCAGUAAUACAACUGUCUAACUAGGCGAAGUGUGCACUACUUUGUGUCACAAAACUUCACUGUUUAUCCAGUGGAACUGCACCCACAACAAAAUCAUUAAUGUGUUUAUUAUUUUUAAAACAGUUUAAAACUAAUCAAAAAUGAUAGUCUUUGUUAAUGUAGAUUAUUUAAUUGCCUUAAUCACUUUCCUAAGUAGCUUUGUCUUUCUUAUGAUAAUUUCUUAAUAAUUUCUAAAUUAUUUUAUUGAAUAGAAUUAGGAAAUUUGAUUAAAUUACGUUAUAGGUCUGGGUUCUUCUGGGAACAGCUAAUAUUUUGGGGGAUGCACCGACUCCAAUUUUUUCUCUUUAGAUACCGAUUCCAAUACCUCAACUCAGGGUAUCUGCUGAUACCGAAUACCAGUCAAGACCAGCGCUCCCUUUUUCCCAAAUUUAACAUCUGUAUACCUCACUGCGUGGAGGUGAGGAAUCAUUUUUGUGUAAGUUAACUUGAGGCCAGCGAUUGCUGUGGAUCCAAAAACUGACUGAGUGAAUGUAGCUGAUAGCUGAUAGUGGACGCACCAAAUUUUAUGUGCCAAAAUUGGACAAAAUAGGCUUCUGCCACCAAAAGUCUACUCAGUCUGCUCAGUAGGGUACGAAAUCUUUAUAUUUUCAAUAGAAGAAUGACUUAUAUAAUCAGCGAAACUGAAAAAACAUUACAUGCUUUCUUGCCUUUUAAUGCUACAUGAGCAAAGAAUGUUUGAACCCCUCUUGGUUUUUUAAGGAGUCAUGUCCAUGACGUGCCAGAAGGGGGAAGUGUUUGUUUGUAUUUUCUCAAUCUUCAUUCUGGACGACCAUCUCAGCACUCUGCUGUAGGGCUAAUUGUAGGCCUGUAGUUUCAAAGUGGGGGAAUAACAUUAUAUCAAUACAUUUUUAAUCUAUACUUCAGUUUAAUAUCAGUCUAGAACAUUCAGAGAGUUGUUCAAAUGAUUGUGUUGGUACUCAGUUUGUGAUAAGCUGCUUUUCAUUGCAGUGUUUUAUAAAGUAUGUAUUUAUUUGCUUUGGUAUCUGUUUUGACUUUAUUUUUAUUCAUCAGUGUGUACUUGUUCUUCUCCUUCUUCUCAUGCAGUUUUACUACAACUUCAGCACAGAGCGAAGCAUUGCUGUGUAACUUUCCACCCAGCUUUCACAACCUGACAGACAGAGCCACAUGGACUGAAACACUACAGAUGGACCAAUGGGAUCAUUUAUAGAAUAAUGAACUAAUGAAAUUAAGAAAAGGUUUGAGAUACACCGCAGCUGUAUAUUAUGUAAUUUAAGACAGAAAAAGUAUUUUUACCUUGAUGGAUUCUAUUUAAAUGAUUAAGUUCUUGAAGGUUUUUUUUAAUCAUUUAGAAAAUUAUCAAUUUAUCUUGAAAGUGACUUUUCUAAAUUAGUUUUUUGUGUUAUUUUACUCAGAUAGUCUUACAAGAAGUGUUGCCCGGGUCAUGCUCAAAAUAAAUCAAAACUAAUUAAUAUCCGUAGCUGUGACUCACGUUUUGCUCAACAGAAUAACAGGGCCAUGCUGACAGUGAAUAGCACUCAGGGAGGGCAAAAGUGAACAGAGAAGCAAUCUCAUCACACGCAAACAGGCCCCUCUGACGUUCAUUUUCCAGCAGAAGCAUCUUUCCAUCACAAAGUUCAUCAUGAGCAGCGUGCAUCACGAACGAGCAGAGCUUUGAGACACAGGAGCCUUUUACCCCAGACACCCACCCAUGUCAGCAGUGACUCCUCUACUGAGUCAGGUCUUUAAGAAUAGAACACCACAUUAAAUUUCAGCUUUGAAAUAUAGUAUUCCUAUCUACAGCUGUAGGGAGGAUGAUUUUUUGCAGAAAUUGUGACAAUUUCCUCACGUUUUUUUUUUAAGGUAUUUUAAAAUUCACAAAACCUAAUUUUCUGAAUAUCCAAAACAAAUCUUUAUUCAUGAAAGUGAAUAUUUUUUUCUUUUUAACAAACUAAAAAACACACUGCUGCCACUUUGCUGCCAAAUCCAGAAGCACAAUUUACACUUGGAUACCAAAACAUCACUAUCUUCUCACUCCUGCUCACAUGUGUCAUUUGCAACUAAUUAAAUUGUCUGAAUCCACA